GUCGCUGUAAUCUUUUUUACCGGCCGAUUAAAAAACUAAAUAUAGUGAUGAAUUUGUCAAAACAGCAAUAUUUUGACGUUUAGUAAAUUUUACUUUCGUUUUGACGUUCGACGAUUCGAUUGGCAUGCAAAUGGUAUCUAAAUUGUUUGUUUUUAGUCGUAUUAAGAGCGUUACACACUGUGCCUUCACUACAAUAACAUUUUUUCUGACCCUAUUGUUGAAGGUAUGAAGUAAUCAUGGCUGUUGGUGUGUUUUAAGCCGAUUUCACCUAAAUAAACAUAAAAAUAAAUAUGAAAAACUCAUGACAAAACGUUUGUGUAUAGAAUUUGAGCCUGUUUUCUCUAUUCAGGCCAAGAAGACUACUUUAAAAUGAGUGAAAGUGAAGCUAAAUGGACUUGUGAGUAUUGUACAUAUGAGAAUUUCCCGUCUUCAAUAAAGUGCACCAUGUGUCGAGGCUCCAGACCAUUUGUUAGCGAAGACAUAUAUCGAAUACAAGGUGAUAAGUUUAAUAUUAACGACAAAUUCUCUAAUAUCGGCACAGCUGCAGGACCUUUGCCCCCAAAUGAUCUUCACGAACAUAUACAACCCCUUAGGAUAUCACAACACUCAGAUUUAGCUCAAAGCUUAAUUAGGAAUAGCAGCCCUCCUGCCAGUUUAACUAAUAUGGAAAAUUCUAAAAGGACGUCUCAAAAUGGAAAAUGGAUUUGCACUAUGUGUACUUACGAAAAUUGGCCGAAAUCUACAAAAUGCGCGAUGUGUGGUAGCGGCGUAAACAACAAUCAACGAUCACAAGCGUCACGUUCUCCUGAACGAUUUCCAGAAACCAAUUCCAGCCACGACGAUAGGUUAAAAGAACAUAUAUUGGACUCCGGGCAGCCGAGUCCGAACAACAUGGACACCGAGCGCAAGCUGCGCCACCUGCGCCGCACGGCCGACUGGAACUGGCUGAACGCCUGCUUGGGGGUCAUAGACGGCGACCCUAGUCCGGUGGAGGCGUACCUUUCCUCGGGCGGAGACCCCGCCCGCACCCUCACCGCCUCCGAGGUCGCGAUCCUCAACAGAAGUUCCGCCUUCGACGUAGGACACACCCUAGUGCACUUGGCCAUAAGAUUUCAAAGGGAAGACCUGCUAGCGAUACUGCUAACGCAAAUAGAGGGUUCCGGUUCCGGGAUCAAAAGAGUGCCAAGUUAUGUGGCGCCAGAACUGGCCAGGGAUAUUAGGAGAUACUUUGCCUCCACAAUAAGGCAGAGAAAGGGCAACUUUCCGUGCAACUACGUGGCCGAUUUCCCCACAUUCGCUCUACCAGCAGAAUGCGAGGAGCUGCCGGGGCAGGUGCAGGAGCAGCUGUUCGCCGAGCUGCUCGACAAGGACGCGCAGGAGCAGCUCGAGUCCGAUCCGGCGGUGAUCAACUGGUCGUUGGAGCUGACGGUGCGGCUCGGUUCGCGGCUGUACGCCCUGUGGAACCGGUCGUCGGGCGAUUGCCUGCUCGAUUCCGUCAUGCAGGCGACGUGGGGCGUCUUCGAUCGCGACAACGCGCUGCGCAGGGCGCUCGCAGAGAGUCUCAGUCAAGGCGGCCACGUGUUUUAUCCGCGUUGGAAGGAAUAUGAGGCCAGUCAGGCCUCCUUCCUCCAAUAUUCGCUGGACGAGGGGCAGUGGGAGGAGGAUUGGACGAGUCUGGUGUCGCUCGCCAGCCAGCCGGGCACCAGUUUGGAGCAGUUGCACGUUUUCGCUUUGGCUCACAUCCUGCGAAGGCCCAUCAUAGUUUACGGCGUCAAGUACGUGAAGAGUUUUCGUGGAGAGGCUUUGGGCUACGCCAGAUUUGAAGGCGUGUACCUUCCCUUGCUGUGGGAGCAGUCGUUCUGCGUGCGCACGCCUCUGGCUCUGGGCUACACGCGCGGGCAUUUCUCCGCGCUGGUGCCCACGGAGCCCUACAGCCGCCUGGACGCCCGCCCCCCGCCCGCGCACGCCAACAUCGUCGCGCACGAGCAGAGCACCUUCCUGCCUCUGAUGGACAGAGACAGGAAGCUGCUGCCAGUGCACUUCUUGACCGAGGCCGAGCUGGGCAGGGAGGAGGCCAUCCUCAGGCAGUGGCUCGACGUGUUGGAGACCGAGGGGGGGAUUCUGGUCGCUCAACAGCUGCUCACCAAGCGGCCCUUGCUAGUUGCUCAGAUGGUUGAAGAAUGGUUAAAUCAUUACAGGCGAUUAUCUCAAAUGACGUCAGCGCCAUUUGCCCGUCCAAUUCCCGUUCAAGACUAUUCUAGCGAAGGGGACACCGACGACGAAUAGCGCAGGCAGAAAAAACCUCGACAACUCUUUGACACCAUAACUUGUAGCGAUGCUUUAGUACCUAAAUCUUAUACUAUUUUUUUUCAUGACGGUGGAAAACAACUAGAUUUUAAUCAAUAAACAAAUACCGAUUCAAGAAAUAUAGUUUAGGAUCGUGACAGCUUGUAUGAAGUGAGUACUAGUCUUUUUUUAAUCAAUAAUUACAAUAUUUAAAGUUUAAUAAAACUAGUUAGCUAACUACUUCAAUUCAUUAAAAUUAUUGCGUGUUGAAAUUUAAACAACAUUUUGAAUUUUUUGUUGUUGGGCAUUAUUUAAAGCAGCUUUCAUGGUAAAUGUACUUAAUUUUACAUUUAUUUUCCAAAUUAAAAGGGUGCAUAUUUUUCUUGUAAAAUACAAGUUUAGUUUUUUAUUGGGUAGAUAUUUAUUUUUAUAGGUAGCUAAAGUACAAAGUUCAUAUAAUUUACCAAAUUAAAAUCACUUAUUUUUUUGUCAAGUGGUGAAAUUUGUUGAUGCAUAUUUUGAAUUAAUUUAUAGUGAUUAUUUAUUAUUUGUUGGGAUGUUUUUUGUUAUAUAAUGUAGUAUACACGCGAAUCAAAUUGUUGUAAAGGUUUUAUUGCAACUUUGCAAAGUCAAUUUAUGUAUCAAAGGUUUUUACACUAAAUAUAUGAUAUAAUUUUAAUAGAUUAAAAAUAUGAAAUCAUAUAUUGCAUUGUUAACACACUGUUAUAAAAUUAUAGAUGAUAAUAAAGAUUUUAAACUAUU